ACUAAAUGAGACUCUAUAGAGGAGAGAGAAGAUGAGAAGCAUAUUCCGCUUUUUGCAUCAGAAACGGAAGAAAAAAUAAGGUCUGUCAUUAGGAUGGCAGAUAUAGAGUAAGAUUUUAGUUCAGUACGUGCUAUGCGUUUCUUGUGUGAUGCUGCACCGGUGGUGGAGGUGUCAGAGAGGUUUUGCAACAUGUUAAAAAUAUGGGUGUAUGGGGAAUAUUAUGCCGGGCGUUAUUUAUUUGCAAUGGAUUAUUGUGAAAAUUAGACGCCGGGGAGUUGAAGUGGAUUGAUUUCUUGUCACAACUUGGAAAAUAUGCUUCCCUUCACCAUGUUGCAAACGAGAUAGGUGACAUUGUUUGGGGGAUAUAUUGCAGCGGUGAAAACCCUAUCUGAGAUCGCUUUUGUCUCCCCCCCUAAAAUAUGAUCAGGGGUGCUUGGAUGUUUCGAAAGGAAGAUGACGCCGUGUUAAAAAUUUGCUGUGCACCCAAACAAAACGACAAACCCUGUGCGGACUCCGAGAGGGUACAGAAAUGGCGAAUGUCUUUGGCAUCCCUAUUAUUUUUCACUGUCCUUCUCUCUGAUCACCUCUGGUUGUGUGCUGGAGUUAAACUGAGGUCCAAGGAUAGGAGCAACCGCAAAAUCUGGAGCAACGCGACUGAUGGGAUCGACCCGGGUCUUAACGAGGAGAAAUGUGGUAUUUUUCUAAGCAAUUUGACCAAAUCUGCUCCAAGCCCUCAUUGCACUGCUGCUCAAAGCCACACACACCUGGAAACAGCCUGCACCGCACUCUAUCGGCAAAAAACCGUCUCGGAGCCUUCAUCUCCCACUCCAUCAGCGUUCUCCUCGCAGAUAAUACUUGAUUAUUUUAGGAAUUUUAGCCUCUCUUUUUGUGAUUCUUACACGAUUUCCGACUUAUUGUUGGGGAUGUCUCGACCAGACAGUUUGAAUUGCAGUCUUCAGAACAUGGUUUGGGAUUUGUUAAACGGUGGCGGAGACGAUGAGGAUGUCUGCAGCAUCUGUAUCCAGGCGUACAUGAGGUUGGACCAACAUGCUCAGGAAAAAUAUGAGGAGUUUGACCUCUUCUUUCUCAAGUAUUUAUCGGAGGAUUAUUCCGUCCGAUCACGUACAGAGGACUGUAGGUCAGUCUACAAAGCCUGGUUAUGCUCAGAAUACUUCAACGCGACCCAGAGUCAGUGUCACCACAGGAUUCCCUGCAAGCAAUACUGUCUGGAGGUGCAGACUAAGUGUCCGUUUGUGUUACCGGACAACGACGACCUGGUCUACGGUGGACUCUCCAGCUUCAUCUGUACAGGGCUACUUGAGCAGCAGCUGUCCGCUGCAGAGCCGGAGUGCUGUGACGUGCGGUGGGCUGGCUGCGACUCUUCAGCGGGCGAGGCCUGCGCCCUCAGCCAGUUCCCCGGCUCCUUGCCGGGGCAGCAGCCCAGCUCCCUGCCAGUGUCGUCCGGGCGGAGGGUGUGCGGCGGCGGCAGCAGCAGCCGGAUGCGUCUGUGCGUGCUGGUCCUCUUCCUGCUGCACACCGUGGUGUCGUUCUCCAGCGUGCAGAGCGGAGGGGCCCUGGGGCUGGAGGCCAUGCUGCCUCUGGAGGAAAGCUCUGCCCGGGAAGAGUGAUGACUUCUUACUGACUCCCCCCUGCCCUGCCUCCUCCUACUGCCUCUCUCCUUCUCUCACUUCUUCCCAUCCUCCCUCCCCUCCACC